UACUUCUAACUGUUCCAGUCACAGCAAAAUGUCCAGAUGAUUUGACGCAAUUAAAGGACGGUUCAUGUGUCGUUAUUCUAGGAGGCGCUGAUGGGCUUUGCAAUGCCCUAGAAGAGUGUGCAUUGCUCUCACAAACGAAACAGCAAGACUAUUUCCUUAUUGGCUUUCAUCAACGCCAUGUAACGUACGAGGGCCCGAAAUUCACUUGGUCGUAUAUGUGGACAAGCAUCGCUGACAUUUUACAAAACCGAAACCAAGACAGGAAUGGAUGGCGCGAUGCAAAUCCGAGAAACCCUGAGCACUUUUCCCAAGAAGGCGAAAUAGUUUGGGACGAGAACCAACCGAUGGGAAGUGAACAUGCGACGGCAGUCAUCUAUUCCACUCAUUUACUUCACGAUGUGCCUCUUAAGAAUUUUAACGCACAGGUCGUCUGCGAGCUGAUUGGUCCAACUACAAGUGCACCCACAUCCUUAGUUCAGCUCAAGGAAAAUUUUCCAGUGGUGCUUACAACGUUCUACAAUGACGAUCCAGGAGCUGAUGGUUGUUACGUUCAAUCAGCGGAAGUGAAUUUGGGGAAGUGUGCUUUCCGGUGCGCCAUGAAUAAGGACUGCCGGAGUCUCUAUUAUCAUCAAUCGAACGGGACGUGUGUUCAAAUGCUCUACAUCGACGCACGCCUCCCAUUUGAAUACCGCAAUUAUGUUCGACAGUGGAAACGCUACGCCAAGACUGGAUAUACUU